AUGUAUGUAACCAGCACAGUAGAUGGUCGAACUUGGGCAUUGGAUGAGGUGCCCUAUUUCUUGCCACAAAACAUUGUGAAGCAGCAAAGACUGCCAAAUCAACCCUUACAGCCAGACCCACCUGCAGUUGUUCUACAACACAUGUUGCCAUUCAGGAAGUUUGUUUUACUGAGUUCACAGGGAAGUCAUAUAUUUAGUGUUCUCAGUCCGGCUGAACAACUUCGUCAACUUUUGCUUCAGCAUGGUGGUCCAGAAAAUCCUGAUGUAGAAGCGUUCUUCAGACUUCAUAAGGAGGAUCAUGCCUGUGCAACCUGUCUUGUUUUGGUGUGCAGUAAGCCAACACGGGACCCACAAAUUGUAGAGUGGGCCACAAGAGCAUUUAUUAGGUUUGGUGGUGAGCCACAACAUGUGUCUGAAGUAACAUCAUUGAAUGCGUCUGUAAUGGCGUCCCCAUUUGCGCCACAGUCCCAUAUGGUGACCAGCCCAGGUGGUAAUUUUGCUCCACCAGUGGCAGCCUCCACUCCUGCUGUAAAUCCAGUACACUCCACAUUUGAUGUCUCCACACCACAUCCACAACAACCCUUAUUCGCACCAGGAGCAGAAGUGGAUGUGAUAUAUUCCGGUAGAUACCGUGGAUUAUGUCUGUAUCUUUCCAGGAUACUCAGACCUGUGUGGGAUAAUACACUAGUAAAAUAUGUACCUAUUGCCACUUCAUUAGGUCAACAGAAUUUUCUUGAGAGCAGAUACCAAGGUGAGGAUCUAGCAUGGUUUUCAUCUCUCUUGGAAUCAUUGAGAGAUUUCAUGGAACGAAACUCUCAGUUUACAGCCCUGGCUGAAAGUCUUGCUACACACAGCUUUGGUAUGAUAAAACAGGAGCCCAUUGUGCCAGGACGAAUUAACAAACAAACACAACAGAAACACAGAGCUGAAGCUGAAGCAGCAGAGAAAGCAGCUUUGAUAAAUUUCCAAUUUUUAGUUCAGUACGCCUGCCAAGUAUUGGCUUUAUGGAAAAUAAUAUGUGAUCAUCAAUUCCAUGUUAUAGCGAUGCAGUUACACAAGGAUGUUCAAAACCAAUUACGACAGAUGAAGUUUUCUGAUUUAGUUACAUCAGGGAGGGAGAUUUGUGGUACCCUGAUUACUGCCCUUAUCAACUGUUACCUUGGCGACAAUGCUUCCAUUGAUGCAAUCAGUUCUCGCUUAAGAGAAAUCUGCCCAUUACUAUAUAGCACAGAGGACGCUAUCAUAUCCAAGGCCAAUGAACUUUUACAAACUGCCAAGCAAGCCAGUAAUAAAUUUGACAAGGAGAAGAUGCUGCGGGAAUCUCUUGAGAGAUUCAGUGAAGUGAGCCAUCAGUUGAAUUUGACAGCCAUUUUUUCUGAAUAUCAAGCAGCUGGUUUUUAUGAUGGCAUAGUUGAGUUAAGUUUAACAGCAGCACACAGGAGAGAUCCACAAGGGUUGGCAUUACAUUAUUAUAAAAGUGGUAAGCCACCGGAAGAUACACAAGGAAUGCAGGCAUUUGUAACAAGAUUGGAAUGCUACGAAUGUGUCCAUGAUACAUUGGGUAACUUGGUUCACCUCAGUCAGUCCUACCCACAAUCCCCUGGGAUUCCAAAACGACCCGGCCCACCACCGACAACGAGUGAAGACAGCAGAUUGAGUGCGCAGGAAGCAGCACACCAUAUGGAUCAGAUGAUGAAAAUUGGUUUGAAGUCAAAUGAUGAAUUAUACCAUGUCUCACUAUAUGAUUGGUUGGUUACCAUGGGACUCACAGAUAAACUACUAGAGAUUACCUUACCAUUUGUAGAGGCCUAUCUGAAGCGAGCCGCUGCCUACCAACCUGACAACCUUACCAUGCUGGAUCUCUUGUGGAAGUACUAUGAGAAAAUACAGAAUUUCUCAGCAGCAGCAAAAAUAUUAUCCAAACUGGGUGAUAGGCAUGGUACUGAUGUGAACCUGACUCAGCGAAUUGAGUACAUAUCGCGUGCUAUUAUGAGUGCAAAGAGUAGUAACCUACGUACUAGUUCAGCCAGCGAUGGAGAAUUUUUACAUCAAUUAGAAGAAAAAAUGGAGGUUGCUCGUAUUCAACUCAAGGUAUUUGAAGCUAUCAGCAAUUUUAACUCGUCUCUCCCCGAAGUACAGGAAGCCUUAUCUCAGCUCAAUGCUGAACUGUUAGAUAUUACCAGGCUGUAUGAGGGUUUUGCUGAACCGUUCCAACUCUGGGAAUGCCAACUUGCUAUCAUUCACUGUGCUGGACAUUAUGAUCCGCUAUUGGUGGAAUCUUUCUGGACAAAUAUUAUUAAAAAAGAGUUAGAUAAUUCAGUUGGUAAAUCAGUGCCUUCUAGAAUGGCUUGUCUUAGUGAUAAAGUAACAGCAUUAGGAAGUAUAUACAUGACAUCUGACAGAUAUUUCCCUCUAGAUUUUCUUGUGAAACAUUUGGAGAAGGUGACAUGUAAACUAGAUUGGGAUAAAACUUGUGUGUUCAUAACAUUUUUGAAGAUCGGUAUACCGUUUACAACGUUGCAUCAAGUGUAUGAUUGUAUAUUCAAAGCCAAGGAUAGUCAUUGGCAAUCUGUUGGUAAACCAUUACAUAUUUUAGAUGCUAUAUAUUUACUACUUACACUGUUUGCUGAUAAACCUUCCCACGUACCCAGCUAUGAAAAGAAAGCUUUCACCAGUCGAUGUCUGGAUGCCAUUGCCAGUUACAACGUAGAGUUAGAAGCCAUGGGACUACAACCACACGUACAGAACACUUUAUCCAAGUUUAAAGAACUCCAGGCUAAGUUAGAUAGACUUCACUACCAGACUGCUAUGCACACAUGAUUGCCAUCAUUUCUUGAUCCACAGAAAAAUACACUAUUGAUAAAUUGUAUUUUUGACAAUUGUACGUGUGGUCACUUAAUUGAAUUAAGAUAUGUGUGAUAUGUCUCAGAAUAAAUUAUUUAGGUUCAAUUAAUGUAAUGCCCAAUAAAACAUUUAUGUUUUAAAACUCAUUUGUCUUGUUUAUUCAGUGAAAAAUGUUGAAAUGCUGCUUAAGGUAUUUUUGUUCUUAUACUUGUCUCACAGUACUAUGGC